AUAUCGCGUAGAAUUGAGGCGUUAGUUUGAAUUCUUGUCUUGGCCGAAAAAAGGCAGGGUCUUUUAGUAGCACGGCUUCAGCUCCGUCGCAUCUCGGCCGCUGGUCGCCGCUAAGAUUCCUGCCCGUUGAAGCGAACAGUAAUUCAGAGGCGAGAAAUGUGUUCUUCCUCUUCCUCAAUCAGAACAUUUGGGAUAUUUCUUUACAGAUUUUCAAAUGGGUUGUCCUCCCGAAGUCCCCAUUCCAUUUCUCUCUGCAUAUAUCCGGGUACUAGUUUGCUGACUAGGGGAUUGUCAUCUUCAUCAACGUAUUCGUUUUCUCAGUGGGUUCGACCGAUUGAUCUCCAAUCGGGAAUUUUUGUUAGAAAGUUUUUGACUUCCUCUCCUGUCUGUAUGGGCAGACGAUCUUGCAAGAUUGCUGGAAGAAAGGGAAUUCAAGAUGCUAAAAAGGCCAAGUUAUAUGGAAAAAUUGGGAAAGAAGUUGUAUCUGCUGUCAAGAGAGGUGGUGUAAAUACAGUGUCUAAUACUGUCCUGGCUGCUUUACUUGAGAAAGCUAAAGAACUUGACGUUCCAAAAGAAAUUAUAGAACGAAACAUAAAGAGAGCUUCUGAGAAAGGACAAGAAGCUUUCAUAGAGAAAAUCUACGAGGUCUAUGGUUAUGGUGGAGUUGGAAUCAUUGUUGAGGUCUCAACAGAUAAAAUAAACAGAUCGGUUGCAGCUGUUAGAGAAGUGGUGAAGGACUGUGGUGGUAAGAUGGCUGAUCCAGGUUCCAUUAUCUUCAAGUUUAGACGUGCUAGGGUUGUGAAUAUUCAGUCAUCAGCAGCAUUAGAUAAAGACCAGCUUCUCGCCAUUGCUUUGGAUGCUGGUGCUGAUGAUGUCAUUGAACCCCCAAUUUACGAAGAUGACACUCACGAAGAAGAAGACUUAUCUGAAAGAUACUUUAAGAUUGUUACUUCGUCGGAGAACUACUCGACGAUACUAACAAAACUUCGUGAUGAAGGAAUUAGUUUUGAACCUGAUAAUGGAAGUGAAAUGCUACCCAUAACUCCCAUUGAGGUGGAUGAUGAAGGUAUGGACUUGAACAAGGAACUAGUGUCCCAAUUACUAGAGCUUGACGAUGUUGAUGCUGUGUAUACGGACCAGAAGUGAUCAAGACUCGCGAGACAUGAUUUUCGGUUGGUGAUAUUAUGGUUAUGUUGAUUCUUGUCGUCUGGGCGGAUGCAUGUUUAGUGAGAAUGUGUUUGAUUUUUUGGAUAAUUGCAUAGUUAUUAUUUGUUUCAGAAUGUGUCGAGCUGCGUUCUUUUGGAAGAUCUUCUGGCUUGAUAUUUUAGUUUGUUUGUUUAUGUGGUGGUUUUUAAUUUGAAUUGUGUUUUUAAACUCCUCUUAUUCUCUUGAUCAGAUAAUAGUACUAAUAAAUUAAUCUUCAAUUU